AUGUCUUCGGCCAGGUUUGACUCCUCAGACCGCUCGGCCUGGUACAUGGGGCCGGUGUCGCGACAGGAGGCGCAGACGCGGCUGCAGGGCCAGCGCCACGGCGUGUUCCUCGUCCGCGACUCGUCCACCUGCCCUGGCGACUAUGUACUGUCGGUGUCUGAGAACUCGCGCGUUUCCCACUACAUCAUCAACUCUCUGCCUAACCGCCGCUUUAAGAUCGGAGACCAGGAGUUCGACCACUUGCCGGCCCUGCUGGAGUUUUACAAGAUCCACUACUUGGACACUACCACCCUCAUCGAGCCGGCACCCAGGUAUCCAAGCCCACUGAUGGCAUCUAUGUCAGCACCCAGCCUUCCUCCAGCAGAAGAAAACAUGGAGUAUGUACGGACUCUGUAUGACUUUACUGGGAAUGAUGCUGAAGACUUGCCCUUCAAAAAGGGUGAGAUCCUGGUGAUCCUGGAGAAGCCUGAAGAACAGUGGUGGAGUGCCCGGAACAAGGACGGCCGGGUUGGCAUGAUCCCAGUCCCUUAUGUGGAAAAGCUCGUGAGGUCCUCCCCUCAUGGGAAACAUGGGAACAGGAAUUCCAACAGUUAUGGCAUCCCGGAACCUGCCCACGCCUAUGCACAACCUCAGACAACAGCUCCCCUCCCUGCUGGCUCCAGUGCUCCUGGGGCCACCCUUAACCCUUUGCCAUCCACACAAAACGGACCUGUCUUUGCAAAAGCAAUCCAGAAAAGAGUGCCCUGUGCCUAUGACAAGACCGCCUUGGCAUUGGAGGUUGGUGAUAUUGUGAAAGUCACAAGGAUGAAUAUAAACGGCCAGUGGGAAGGUGAGGUGAACGGGCGCAAAGGCCUCUUCCCCUUCACACAUGUCAAAAUCAUCGAUCCUCAAAAUCCAGACGAAAAUGAGUGA